AGUCCCUUUUGCUUCUUCACACCCCCUCCGCAUCUCUCCCCAUCCUUCCCAUCUGUUUCUCGAUCGAAACAAAGGAAAAGUCUUCAAUUUUUGGCAGUACGAUGUGGGCGUGAAACGCCAGAUCGUGCUCCGCUUUUCUUUCCUUCCUUUGUGAAUCAUUUUGUCGCUCCUUUCCGCUUGGUUCGCUUGCCGUGUAACGCGCCCAUUCGUUUCUCUCCGCUGCAACAUCAUCGGCAAUAACAGUCGGAGAAGAAAAUUGCAAACGACAGACAAAACACUCCUUUCCUGGUCCGCUCAGAGGCUACAUUUGUCUUGGUGCGGUCUUGUCGCGCUCUUUCUACCUGGACGCAUUUCAUUUCGCGUGCGUACCAGUCUUCUGAAGGUGAUCCUGCAAGAUAGAAAAGUCUGCGGCUGUUAUUCACACUCGUUGACGUACGAACAAUCACGUCGCCGUAUUCUCAGUCCUUACCAACCUCUUCGGCUUAGGCACCGGAGACAACAGUCCUUUGAAACAAAAUACAACUACAUUCGCUGCCCGGUAGGGCGUGCCAUUCGUUUAUUCAUUCAAAGCCUCUGUGCUCGCUGCUAUAUUCAAUAACGCAAAUCAAGAUACUCAAAAUGCCCGUGAUCUACAGAGUGGUUCGUCGGGACAGCUCGCAGGCCGGCGCGCUCACUCCCACGAUGACCAACUUGGUCAUCGCAUUCGUCGUUCUCUUCGCUGCCAUCGCGCUUCUGGUUGGAACGCUCUUCGUGCUGCGACAGAUUCGCCGUAGUACGGAUGAGCAGGAGCGCCAAAUGUCCGAAGUCCUCCCCUGCUACUCUGAGAAACCGUCACUGCGCAGCUCGCGCCUCACGAUCAACACCUCGAAUCUUGAAAAGGAUAGUCUGCGCUCCGGUCAAUCGAGUCCAGAUGUGCCAGAGAUCCGCAUCACAUUUCCAGAAGAGAUUGAUGAGAGCGGAAAGCGGAAAAGUGGGCGCGUCGUCAUCGUCAAGGUUGGCGACCACAGCAUCGGCCUUGAGCCUGUCACUGAGCAACUGCCCCCGUACCAGCAAACGGAGAGCGCGGACGGCCGCUUCCAUUCGCUCGACCUGGACAGGAUGGGAGGCCUGAAGGAGAAGGAGUAUAUGUGAAUCACACGAGUAUGACCACUUGGGUCAUGGAGCAAAGCAACGGAAAAAAAAAAGGGCCCGGAACGGCGCGGCCAGUCGAGAAUGCUUUGUGCACCGACACUCUAGCGUAACGACAUGGAGAGCUGUGCGCGCUCAUGAACUCGCGCUCUGCUGUUUUCUCUUUUUUCACGAACAUCUAUUGUUUUAUUCAGGAGAAUGGGCGAGCUUGGCUAGGGUCAUCGUUACAGAGGCAGCGCUGCUGCUUCUGCCCCUCGACAGCCACGCUCGACGAUAUGAUUGUAUUCCACCCGUGCGAACGUCGGCGUUGCAAUUGGUCAAAUUUCUGAGCAUGAGCUUUGCCUUAGCAAAUCGAAAGCCUCACAGAGGCCAGUCUGACGCUUCCAGGCUGGGUUUACGACGGAGCAAAUAUCUUCUUCACGUAUUCUUAGCUUGUAAUGUAUUAUAGAUAGUGUUUGACGACUAGCUGGCAUUGUGGAUGGCUCUUUUCGUGCUGUCUCCUUGUGCGCAUCUGGUUUGUUCAUAAUGAAGAGACCCCAGUCUACACCUCGCUCUCUCUCAUACAGGCAUAGAUAUGUUUAUACAUAUACGGUCGCAAGCGCAAGCACAC